CACAAUCUCGCCUUCUAUAAACAUAAAGAUUUUUUGCCCCUUUUUUUCAUGAUAUGGUCUCACUCUAAUCUCUUAAUUAAGUACUCACAAAUAUUAUGAAAAACCAAAAAAAAAAAAAGAAAGAAAGAAAACACUGUAAUUUUCCCGUAUAUCGUCUUCGUUACUCAAAGUUUUUUCAGUGCCACGUCUAACAUCAUGGCUUACUUUUAUAUAUACCUAUACAUACAUAUAUGAAUAAAAAUAUUAAUUUAUUUAAUUGUAGGAGGGGUUAAAAAGAUGAUGUAUAUUUUAAGUAUAGAGAUACAGAUAGGGUUUGCCAUGCUUUUGGAUGUGUGCCUUAAGUAACAGCUGUGAAGACCGUUUCUUCCUUUAUUUUGCUUUAGCAGUCAAGCAACACCUUCAAAAUAAAAAUAAAAAACAAAGGUGUGGGAGGCCUUAAGCUUUAGAGAAGAAAGAAAAGCACCCAAAAAUAUGCAUUAAAACAGCCAACUGGGGGGUGGUGUUUUUAUUUUAUUCUUUUAUUUUUUUUCUAUAUUUGUUUGGCUUGGUUUCUCUCUCUUAAACCGCCUAGCUACAUGAGCUCACUUAAAUUAGCAAAGGGUUAAAGGUGGAGUGUGUAGGUGUUAUUAGGAAGGGGCAGGCUGCUUUUCCUUUUUGCUCACUUGGGGGAUUCAGUUAAAGUAAAGGCUAUGUGAGGGAAUUCUGUUUAAGGAAUAUCAGAUCUCAAAACAGCUUUUAUGGUUUCUGUUAUAUAGAGAAAGCUAUAACUGGGAUAUGAGUAGUUGGCUGGUGUAUGAAGUUGGUGAUCUGAUACAAGAUUUUAAGUGCUUGAAGCAUCUGCCACAACAAAACAAAGGAGAAUUAAAGAAGCAAUGAAUAAGAGUAAUUUGGGUUCUGUCAGCAGCUCUGAUCUCAUCGAUGCAAAGCUUGAAGAGCAUCAGCUGUGCGGAUCCAAGCACUGCCCUGGCUGCGGUCACAAGCUUGAAGGAAAGCCGGACUGGUUAGGUUUGCCAGCUGGAGUGAAAUUUGAUCCCACAGAUCAAGAACUGAUAGAACACCUUGAAGCUAAAGUUGAAGCCAAAGACAUGAAGUCUCACCCUUUGAUUGAUGAGUUUAUCCCUACUAUUGAAGGUGAAGAUGGGAUUUGUUAUACCCAUCCUGAGAAACUCCCAGGAGUGACCACAGAUGGGUUGAGCAGGCAUUUCUUCCACAGACCAUCAAAGGCCUACACUACCGGGACAAGAAAAAGAAGGAAAAUACAAACCGAAUGUGACUUACAAGGCGGAGAAACCAGGUGGCAUAAAACCGGCAAGACAAGGCCGGUGAUGGUGAAUGGUAAACAAAAAGGGUGCAAGAAAAUCCUUGUUCUUUACACCAAUUUCGGCAAGAACCGAAAACCCGAAAAGACCAAUUGGGUGAUGCACCAAUACCAUCUGGGUCAACACGAGGAAGAGAAAGAAGGGGAGCUUGUGGUGUCGAAGAUAUUUUAUCAGACUCAACCGAGGCAGUGCAACUGGUCGGAUCGAACUGCAACGGCGGUUGAAGUAAGCAAUGCCAAUGAUCCUAAUAGCCGAAGAGACAGUGGCAGUGGGAGUUGUUCUUCAAAGGAAGUAAUCCCUCUCAGAGAUGAAGUUACCGGAGCUGGGGUUGCCGCUGCUUUAUCGAGUUAUGCCGCCGGUGCCAUGGAUAUCCAACAGUUAAAAUCUGAUCAUUUCAGUUUCACCCCAUUCAGGAAAAACUUCGAUGAGGUGGGGGUCGGAGAAGCUUCGGCAGCGAGGGAAGCUCCAGUUCAAGGUACUUGCGAAGAGAUACCCGAGCAUCCACGGCCACAUCAUAUGGCACAUGAUCAUCAUCAGCAACAGCAGCAGCACCAGCAGCAGCAACAACAGCAACAGCAACAUCAUCAGCAUCACGCACAUCAUCAGAUAGCUACGACGGCCUUCCACAUAAGCAGGCCUUCACAUCCCAUCUCCACCAUUAUAACCCCACCUCCCCUCCAUCACACUUCUAUCAUUCUCGACGAGGACUCCUUUCAUGUCUCCAGAAUAAUGCUUCAAAAUGAAAGUUUCCAGCAGCAGCAGCAGCAGCUGCAUCAACAACAGCAGCAACAACAACAGCAGCAGCAACAUUAUAAACUGGGAGGAAGGUCUGCAUCAGGUUUGGAGGAACUAAUAAUGGGUUGCACUUCAUCUGAUAUCAAAGAAGAAUCAUCCAUUACAAACCCACAAGAAGCUGAAUGGUUGAAGUACUCCUCAUUCUGGCCUGACCCUGACAACCAGGAUCAUCAUGGGUAGAAGCAAAAUUUUAAGACAAACAAAGGAAAUUCCUUACGGACAUCAUUAUUAGUACUUGAAGCCUAGCUCUGGUCAAGUUCUUUUCAAGGAGAGAGGCCAACAAAACCAUCUAUUACUAUAGUUUACUCCUUUUUUUUUUAUUCUUUCUCUUUUUUCUUCUUCUAAUGGGGGAGGACCAGAGGGACCUGGUUUAUGACUUUCAAAGGCUCUCAAGUCUCAAAUGAACUAACUGUAAAACAGUCCAUGUUGGAAAGAGAGAAAGAACAAAAGGGAAAAAAAAAAAAAAAGAAGAAGAAGAAAGUAAAGUAAAGAAAAGAAAAGAAGAAAAAAAAGCAAGAAAAAAGGCUGGUCUCUAUACUGACAAAUAGAAGGAUAUAAGCAAAGACCCAAAGCAAAUAUCCUUCCUGCAUGAAAAUCACCACCAUUAUGAUGACAAUAUCAUCUUUAUCUGGCUCUAUUCUUAUUAUUUUAUUAUUUCAAGACUCUUGUAUUAUUUCUUUUCUAUCUUUUUUUUUUUGUCAAACAAAAAUACCAAAGAGUUUGUGCAAAUUGCAACAAUUACUUGUUGAUUAUGUUGUGUUGUUAGUCGCUUUUCUAGUAAAUAUAUGUAUGGAUUCCCUUACAUAUAUAGAGAAAUGAAAAAUAUCGAUUUCAGAAUUGUUUAUUUCA